GGAACCUUAUUGUAAAAUGUUACAUAAUAAUAAACCCUAUUUGUUAUUUUAAAGAAAUGUUUAGCCUAAACACAUUUAGAAACAGCCACAGUUGUAAUAAAAAUGAGGUCUUAAUAGAUUUUUAAUAUGAAACAACAUUCAUGGUUACAGUUACUACUGGAAUCAUGAUACAGUUUAGUAAAGAUGAUAAUGUGUAAUUAAAAAAUGCACAUGAUAUUUUUAAGUUGUCUGAUGUAGGUCUGCUUAAUGUCCAGGGUUUGGACUUGCUGGGGGCUUUAUGAUUUUUAAAUUUUUUAUGUUUCGUGGUGGCUAUUUACUGCUCUCAUUUUAUGUUUUGAAGAGAGAGCUAAUGUUUGUGUAUGCGUACAGCAUCAUAGAGACAAUUUUACCAUUGGAUAGACCUCUUAAAGUGACAGAGAGGAGAGGUGUAACAUGCUGUUAAAUCCAGUUAUAUCCAAACUGAGUGGCAAGCUCGUUGUCCUGGCAAGUGCAUCCUCAAGGCGCCUGGAGAUUUUGACGAAUGCUGGUUUACGAUUCGAGGUUGUGCCCUCAUGGUUUAAAGAAACCUUGGACAAAUCCUUAUUUAAAACCCCUUAUGAAUAUGCAGUGGAGACUGCCAAACAGAAGGCUUUGGAGGUGGCUCAGCGAAUGCCUUGUAAACACUUGAAAACUCCAGAUAUUGUUAUUGGAGCAGACACUAUUGUGACAGUUGAUGGUUUGAUCUUGGAGAAGCCUACGGAUAAACAAGAUGCUUACAAUAUGCUGUCCAGGUUGAGUGGUAAAGAACAUAGCGUUUUCACAGGUGUGGCUAUUGUGUUAUGCCAUGACAAGAACGGUUCAGACACAAAAAAUCCAGACUACAAAGUGAUAGAUUUUUAUGAAGAGACAAAAGUCAAGUUUGCAGAGUUAUCUGAGGAGAUGCUCUGGGAAUACAUCAACAGUGGAGAGCCCAUGGACAAAGCUGGUGGUUAUGGGAUCCAAGCUUUGGGUGGCAUGUUGGUGGAGUACGUACGAGGAGAUUUUCUUAAUGUGGUGGGCUUCCCUCUUAACCACUUCUGCAAGCAGCUGGGAUUAAUUUUCAAUAGCCCUUCUGAAUGUCCUGCCCACAAGAUCAAAUGGGAAGAUUCAAGAGAAUCUGAUGAGUCUUGGACUCUAGUCAACAACCUGUCUAAGUGUGCAGCAAAUGGAGAGGUUGAUCUGCAGGAAAUCAGUAAUAGUAAAGAUGUCAGCCAGACAUCUAUGCAAGAACAGAAAAUGAUUGGGCCGGAUUGUGCUAAGUGUGGUAGACAGGAUGUCCCCCACAGUAUCAUGGACUUACUGGAUGGGUUCAAAGCCUCAAAGGUAACUUUAUUCACGGCAACCAAACUGAAGGUCUUUGAUGUAUUAAGUUGCUCAGAAGGUCUGACUUUAGAAGAGGUAGCUGGCCAAAUCAACGCCUCUGUUUUGGGCACUGAGAGGAUUCUGGAUGCUGCUGUCUCCAUAGGGAUACUUGAAAGGGUCAAACAGCAAGAUGAUACCAAUGUGUACAGAAAUACAGAACAGGCCAGUCGGUUCCUGGUAUCAGACAGCCCACAGUCUCUGCAUGGAUACAUCCUCCACUGCAAUGAUACGGUGUGGCCUCUUUUUAGUCAUCUAGAGAGUGCGGUCAGGGAGGGCACCAGCCAACAUGAGCGUAACUUUGGGAAGAAAAAUGAGGAUGUGUUUCAGGAUGAAUACUACAGUAAAGAAGUUAAGAUACGAUUCAUGAAUGCAAUGCACAACAUCGCAACGAUGACUGGGAAAGACGUGGCAACAGCAUUUGAUCUUUCUCCCUAUAAAACAGCCUGUGAUAUUGGAGGUUGUACUGGUGCCAUGGCAUACGAGUUUACCAAAGCCCACCCGGGACUCUCAGUAAUCGUAUUUGACUUGCCACAAGUCAUUGAGAUGAGAUGUCACUUUCAACCUAAACAAGACAAUGACAGAGUGUUGUUUGUUGCAGGAGAUUUCUUUAAAGAUGACCUACCUAAAGCAGACCUGUAUAUUCUUGCACGAAUUCUCCAUGACUGGUCUGAUGAGAAACUUCAUAUACUGCUGAGUAAACUGUCCAAAAUAUCCAUGCCAGGCUGUGGGCUUCUGGUGUCUGAGAUUUUCCUGGAUGAGGAGAAGAAAAGACCUAGCCGGGCAUUGCUCCAGGCCCUCAGUAUGACUGAAGGAAAGCAACGGAGCACCACAGAAUAUAGUGACUUACUGAAGAAGCACGGCUUCACUCCCAAGCUCAUCAAAUACACAGACAACCUGCUGGAUGCCAUGCUCUUUGUGAAAGAAGAUCAAAAUGACAAAAGAACUGUACUAGCCUGUUCUUCGGAAUCCAUUGAGACCGCAGCACUUGACUGAUGAUUAUGUUGUGCAUCUGAAACACUACAGUGGAUUAUUUUAGUUUACAACCCCAAUUCCCAAAAAUUCUCCCCCAUAAGAAAAUAUUUGACAUUUUAAAGUUAAAUGCAUCAAUCUGGUGCACUUUGAGAGUAAAAUUAUGAGGUUAGAUCUAUGAAGAACGUUGUGCUCUUGUAAACAAUUGUGUGCUCAUGUAGUAGUUUAAUCAUAAACACAUUGGUUGGAGGGCUCGAAAUUAAGUAUUGUCAAGUACUUGUCCAGAUUAAAAAAAAGGAUAUUUCAGUUAAAUUCUUAAGUAACAUGUCAAAGUUUGUUGUAUAUUUUUCUAAAAUUACAACCAAUGCUCAACCACCUAUGCAAUCAAUUCAAUUCUCUGUGACAGAAACGUAAACUGUACUGUGUAGGGGAGGAGACUAUUGUCAUAUGUUAAUUAUUCUAUGUUAAGUAUGGUAGUCAAAUAAAAAAAAGCCUCCAUCGCCACCAUUAACAUCAUGCUUAUAGUUCUAUGGAAUGAGGUCUACUUUUUCAUCAUGUUAUUGCAGCGAGAUCUAUCAUGUACAAUAAAGGCUAUACAUUAUCACAAUGCCAAAAUUUCAGUAAUCGGUUGUGAAAUUUGAUGAUUCUCAAUACCAGGUUCAAAACCACAACACAUAAUAAAACUAAAUAAUAUGUUGAUUAUGGUAGAAUGGUUUCAAGUUCUUAAGUAAUUAUUCAAGACUAGUAAACAGUCAGUAAUAACAAUAAAAAACAGCAAUGAAUAGAAAUAGAUGGAAAAUAUUAAAACAAAAAAUACAAAUUAAGAAAAUUAAUUCAAGCAUUCAUGUAAACAUUCAAAAUGAAAUACAACAUAUAACUACUACUGGUCUUCACUGUAUGAUUAUUAUAC